AUGCCACAAACUCUCGACUAUGGGUGCUCAGACUGGCGGAGCAUGAGCCAACGAGCCGCAGAUCUUUACAAUGCUGGCACCAAGCUUUGGACAAGAGAAGAUCUUGAAGACAUAGAAAGACAAUUGGGCCAAUCCUAUGCAAGAGAUCGAUUCUCUGUCCGUCGAAUUGAUGGAAGCCUAGUCCAAAUAUCCAAUCCUAUCUUCCAAGUACAAAAUUCUAUCUGGAAACCUUAUGUCAACUACCAAGAAUAUUGGCAACUUGUGAAAACGCAACCCAACAGCCCAACCGAAACCUACCACUGCUCCUACCUAGUAGAUUGGAGCAAUCGGACUGCACGAGACUUUCGGGAACUUAUAUCACAGCCUUCACAAGUCUUUGACGAGAAAGAAUGCUUGUGGAAGAAUAGCAUGACCUGCAAGCUCUUAGCAGCCUUAGUACAAGACCUACUUGGUAAAAACAUCGUGAAGAAAGUUCUUUGCUUCGGCCUCGGUGACUUCUGCCGCACCGCCCCUGAAUGGCUAAGCAAGCAGCAUGACUUAUGGAAUGAAACUUUGGAAGUGAAGAACGUGAUGGGCUGUAUGAUUCAGCAUUCUAUGGCUCUCACUAUCGCUCAGAUUUGUUGCGGUAAUGAAGCGGUAUCAUUACACGCUCAGGACCCAGAUUAUACAAGCGCUGCAGAAGAGAUCCUGACAAAGAAGAAUUUCAAAAUUGUUGGGCAUCACGGUGCAGGAGGAUUCGCGGAAAUCGAUGAAGAAUCGAUUGUGAUAUCAGCAUUUGCUGCCGCCCCGGUCAAGCAGAUCAUCGCCGACCUUGCUCGACCUGCACUCAUCAUUUCCACUGGCUUUGAGGUCUUCAACAGCCAUGAGUAA